GGUUGGUGAAGGCUUAGGGUAGAGCGAGGGCACGAAAAAAGUGCAAGCACCACAAUUUGAGCUUGGGAAGACAGCCAGCACAGGUAAGUUUUAUCGCCAAAUUUCUUCGAGGCCAACGACCAGCCGAAGCAUUCACAAUGUCUUCACGACCGACCGUCUCCAUUAUCGGCGCCGAUGGCAAAGCCAGCGGCGCCACCCACCCGAUUCCCAGUGUCUUCACUGCCCCGAUCCGCCCCGACAUUGUUCAGCAGGUGCACAAGGGCAUGAACAAGAACAAGCGCCAGCCGUACUCGGUCAGCGAGAAGGCCGGCCACCAGACCUCUGCCGAGUCCUGGGGAACUGGUCGUGCUGUCGCCCGUAUCCCCCGUGUCUCUGGUGGCGGUACCCACCGUGCUGGUCAGGCUGCCUUCGGUAACAUGUGCCGGUCCGGUCGCAUGUUCGCUCCCACCAAGGUCUGGCGCAAGUGGCACAUCAAGGUCAACCAGGGCCAGAAGCGCUUCGCCACCACCUCGGCCCUCGCCGCCUCGGCUGUCGCCCCUCUUCUGCUCGCCCGCGGUCACAGGAUCAGCUCUAUCCCUGAGGUCCCCCUGGUUGUCGACUCUGCUGUCUGCGAGUCGGCUGCUCUGGCCAAGACCUCGGCUGCUCUGGGUCUGCUGAAGACGGUCGGCGCUGGUGCCGACCUUGAGAAGGUCAAGAAGUCGAGGGCCCUGCGCGCCGGUAAGGGCAAGCUCCGAGGCCGCAGGUACCGCCAGCGCCGCGGUCCCCUGGUCAUCUACGACCCCGCAACCGACGGCACGGAGCUCGUCAAGGGCUUCCGCAACAUCCCCGGUGUUGAGACCAGCUCCGUGUACUCCCUCAACCUCCUCCAGCUCGCCCCCGGUGGACACCUGGGUCGCUUCAUCGUCUGGACCUCGGCUGCCUUCAAGGCUCUGGACAACAUCUACGGCUCCACCACCACCCCCUCGAAGCUCAAGAAGGACUUCCUGCUCCCGUCCAACGUCGUCAGCCAGUCCGACCUUACCCGUCUGAUCAACAGCUCCGAAAUCCAGAGCGUCCUGCGCGCGCCCAAGGGCGAGGCCCGGACGAAGCGCCAUGGUGUCCAGAAGAAGAACCCGCUCCGCAACAAGCAGGUUCAGCUCCGCCUCAACCCGUACGCCGCGGCCUACAAGAAGGAGAAGCUCGGUGAGGAGAAGCUCAAGGGCAAGCCGGACGCUCUGCCGGCUGGCUUCAAGGAGCAGCUGCACGAGAACUAGAUUAUCGGCGGGUCUCCGGGGGUUUGUCUUAACGGGAUUGCAUGGUUGCUUUUAUCGAGGCGUCUAGUGGUCAUUACGGAAAAUGUGCUUCUGAUUCAUAGUGAACGUGACACAAUGAAAUCGUCUAGAGAACGAUAAUUUUCCCACGUA